AUGCCCCCACCGUCCGCCCCUGCCCAAACCUGCCCUGCUCAUGCGCGCGCGCCGCAGGAUCGCGAGCGGCGCCCGUCGCGCGAGAGGGAUAGGGAGCGGGACCGCGACCGCGACCGCGACCGCGAUCACAAGCAGAAAGAACGGGAGCGCCACAGGAGCAGCGGCGGCGGAGGCAGCGGCAGCGCCGCAGGGGGCCGUGAACAUGAUCACGACCGCGAUAAAGCCGACCGCGGCAGCCGCCGCGACCGGGACCGCACCCGCUCCCCACACGCCGGCGACGAGCCCGCGCGGAAGCGGCGGCGCGAGGCCUCGGGCGAGCGGCCGGCCGCGGCGGGGGCCGGGCCAGGCGACGCGGCUCGGCCGCCCGCUGCAGCGGCGCCGGUCGCGGCGCCCGCGGCGGUGGGGGGCGAGGGAGCCGAGCAGCAGCAGCGGAAGGAUGCGGAUCAGGCGGCACUCAACGAUGAGGUGGAGCGGCGGCGCAAGCGGGUGGAGGAGUGGCGCGCCAAGAAGGCGGCCGAGCAGGCGGCGGCAGCGGCCGCGGCGGCCGAGGCGGAGCGGCGGCAGCGGGUUGUGGAGGAGGAGGAGGAGCGGCGGCGGCAGGAGCAGCAGCAGCAGGAGAAGGGGUGGAGCCUGGAGGACGAUGAUGACGAGGGGGAGCAGCAGCAGGAGCAGCAGCAGCAAGAACAACAGCAGCAGCAGCAGAACGGCGAGGCGGCCCCCGGCGCGCCCGGUGCUGACGAGGACGAUGACGUGGACCCUCUGGACGCGUUCAUGGCGGGCAACACGCAGGAGCUCGCUGCGGCGCCCGCGGCGGAUGGCGGCGGCGACGGCGGCCCGCGGGUGAAGCAGGAAGGGGAGGGCGGCGCCGUGGCGGAUGCACAGAACCACAACCACGUGAUGCCACAUCAGCAGCAGCAGCAGCAGACGGAGCAGCAGCAGCAGCAGCAGCAGCAGCAGCAGCAGCUGGAGGUGAAGGUGGAGCCUAAGGCGGAGCCGAUGGAGGAGGACGAGCGGCGCCGCCGUCCAAGCCGCCGAGCGCGGCCCUGA